AGAAAUGAUAGAUACUACUCAAGGUUGAAUAUUUAUGAGUUAUCCAAAAUCCUCGGAUUGAAUCACUAUCAUAUCCAACUAACCAAGGUUGUUGAGGUCAAUAUACUCGAGAUAUUCAAGAAUUGCUGCAAUUUCAAUUUGGGUUACCAAACCUGGAUCAGGGACACAAAUAAGCAGCAAAGAGUUCAAUUGGUGGAACGAUUGUACAAGUACACCAGUACUAUUUAUCCGGAGUUCGAUAAAUUCAAAUUAGAAGUCAUAAUUCGUCGGGGCAGCUACAGCCUAAUGCAAAGCAGAUUAAGAAGAGAGCGCAGAUCAAUGAUAUAA